AUGCUGUCAAUGUUGAUCUACGGUGUGAUCGCACGUAGAACCAACGGAGAGCUGAAUUUCUUUAGCCCUUGGAAGGAGUACAAGAGGGAAUUUGGGAACAUCACAGGCGACUUUUUCAUAGGAUUGGACAAGCUGCAUGCCAUAACAAAGGCACAGCCCCAAGAGCUAUACGUACACGUCGAAGAUUUUGAGGGAAAUACGAGAUACGCCCAAUAUAAUGAGUUCCACAAAAGUGAAAAUGAAUUCUAUCGCAUGUCCAAGUUGGGCGCCUUCACUGGCGAUGCUGGGGAUUCGAUGAGAGUAAAUCAGGACAUGGACAACGAUGGAUGGGAGGAAAACAGCUGUGCAGUGGAGUACAUGGGUCCCUGGUGGUACACUAAACAUGUCUAAAUAAUUUAUUGAAAUUCUGGACUCUAUUUGCAUGGUACCGUGGACAAUAUGAAAUGGAAGGGUGUAAUGUGGCACGGUUGGCGCGGAUAAGCCUAUUCAUAUUAAGUAAUGCAAAUGAUGAAUCGACCAAAGUCCAGUUGUUCUAUGAAAUAA